AGUGUUACCCAUUCCCGCGCAAACGCUUUGAACCGUUUGCCCGACAACGGAUAACCAUAAUAAUAUUAUAAUAUAAAAUCGUGUUUAUAAACAAUUUAUAAUAACACAAUAUUGAUAAUUAAUAUAUACGUCUAACUUGCAACCAUGACGAAGUCAGAUCAUAAAAAAAAAACCGAAAAAACGAUCACCGUUCGGCAGAGAGAUGCGUCUUUGGUGCCGAUCGUGUGGCAAGUGAGUCACAUGGCUGGGUACGCGUUGACUGCCGUGAUAAGUGCUACCUGUAGCAUCGUGUUUUACUUGGCCGUGGCCAAGUCAACUUAUCGCUGCUACCCGUACAACGAGGUACUUGUCGUGCAGGAAUUUUCCAGGGAAAGGAACCAAACGUUGCUGAAAGACGAACAGAUAUGGUACCGGAACAUGAAUUGUUACGACCCGUUCAUAUUCUCGUUGACAGUGUCCAUCGGCUCGAUCGUGUGGAUGAGUUUGUUUCUGGUGUUCGGUCGCGGUGGAUCUCUCCUCUCCGAAGAGUCCGAACACACCAAGUACUUCAGAUAUUAUUGUGGUGUCAAAGUGCUUUGUGUACGUUUAAUUUUCUAUUGGCUGUUUACCGCUGCGCCAUGGGCGUGGAUUUCGAAGUACAUAUUUUAGAGGACGACGAUGACGACGACGAUGAGGAG